AUGGGCGGAAACCAAAAUGAAGAACCAAUUGAAGAUGUUUUGGAUUCUGUUGCAAAUAAUAAUAAUAAUAAUAAUAAUAAUAAUAAUAAUAAUAAUAGUAAAAAUAAUAAUAAUAAUAAUAAUAAUUUUAAUAAUUUUAAUAUUAAAAAAAUGGUACCAAUUGAUACAACUGAUGUUUUUAGAAGUGAUAGUGUUGAGGAUAUUGAGGACAAUGGUAAUAAUAGUCAACAACAACAACAACAACAACAAAGACAAGAACAAGAAGAACAAGAAGAACAAUCACUUUCACCACCUCCACCAUCAUUUAAAGAUAGAAUAAAGAGAUCACCAAAUUCAAAAAGAUAUAUAUAUGUUAAUGAAGAGGAUGAUAUUGAAGAUACCAAUACUAUUACCAAUUUACAAACUAGUUCAGAUGAACAACUAUUUAAAAAACCAAAUAGUGUAAAUAAUAAUAUAUUUAAAUUACCAAGAAAAAUUAUGGAUGAUAUAAUGGUUGACGAUGAUGAUAAUGAUAAUAAUAGAUAUGGUGAUACUGAUAAUAAUGAUUUAAUUUUUAAUGAUGCUAAUGAUCAAAAUAACAUACAAUCAUCAAAUACAAGUACAUUUACAGGAAAGGAUGGUCAAUUCCAAACAAAUUCAAAAUCAAAGAAUAAAUGGUUGGGUGAAUUAUCUGAUUCAAUUAUAAAAACUAGUGGUAGUAGUGGAGGAGGAGGAAGUAGUAGUGGUAGUAGUGGUGGUAGUGGUGGCAGUAAUUCAAAUAAUGGUGUAGGUAAUCAAACAACACCAAUGAAACAAUUGAAAAUUAAUUUUAAAUUUGAAAGAGGUGGUUUAGCUGAAAAAUUGGUAAAGGUAUUAAGUAAACAAAAACAUAACUAUGAAUUGGUUUCAAGAAAGAAUAAUUUAGUUCAAACAAGAUUAUUAGUACCUUCUGGUGUACCUUCACAUUAUAAACGUGAUCUAAAUGUUACAAUCAUUCAAAUACCCUCAUUACUUCAACCUCAUGUUUAUGUUACAAUUUGUAAAUGUUCAAAUUGGUUAGAUCCAAAUCAAUUCUUAAUUUUAAAUGAUAAUAAUAAUAAUAAUAAUUUAGAUAAUAGUAUUGGUAUAGAUUCAAAUAAUCAAUAUAUUAUUAAUCCAGAUCAAGGUAAAACUAAAAUAAUUACAGUUGUUUUUCAAAUGUUAGCAAAAACAGAGUUAAAAUUAACAAUUGGCAGUCAAGUAGUUGUAGAAUAUUGGCAAAAUAUUCAAUACGAUGAUACAAAUAUUAUUUUCUCUCAUAUAUCUCAUUUAGAUAAAAGUGGUACAACCUCUACUACUACUACCACCAAUUCAACUUCUACAACUGAUAAUAUUGAUCAAGUUAUUGAUAGCUUUGAAACUAUUCAAAUAUCAAAUCCACAAGUAGAUUUAUUAAAGUCAAUUCAAAAACAAAAAAGUGAUCAGUUUUUAUCCACAACAAAUAAUUCUUUAUUAUCAACCAAUAAAACAGAUGAUCAAAUUUUAAAUGUUAUUGAGAAUAGUGAAAUUUUAGAAUUAGAGAAUAUAACCCAAAACUCUGUACAUAUAAAUAUACAUGUUAUUUUAUUUCAAUGUUUUUAUAAGAGUCAAUUAGAAAAAACAAAUUGUAUUUCAAUUUAUGUUGCAAAUUUAAAUGGAUCAGUUGCAGAGAUUCAAGUACCAUUGAAAUACUAUGAAGAAUGGAAACUAAUUUUAGAGAGAGAAAACAUAUUCAAAGAGGUUCUUUUCACAAAUCUUCUUUUCAUUGGUAAUAAGAAUAAGAGUAGGUCAAGUAAUUUUGGUUCUUUUUUAAAUCAUUAUAUACCAAAUCAAUUUCAACAACAACAGAAACAACAACAACAACAACAAAUCAAUAUUAGUAUAUUUAGAGUUUCUUCUGAGAGUCAAUUCUUUAUUAAAUCAUCUCCAAAUAAUUUAUUCAUUCAAUCCUAUAAACCAAUCAUACCUUGUACAGUUUUAGAAGCAUUUACCAUAUUGAAUGAAACUAUUCCAACUUUUGAAAAUGAUACUUAUUUUUAUCAAAGAUUUUCUGUUAAAGGUAUGAUAUCAUUUAUUAAAAGAAAUAAUGAUCAACAAUUUACAUUAUUCUUAAUUGAUGAUUCAAAAUCAUUUGAACAACAACAACAACAACGUCAACAUUGUAUUGGUAUUAAAAUUGAAAAUCAAAGUCACCUUUUUGGAAAAUUAAAUAUUGGUGAUUUUAUUACAAUUCAACAUUGUACAAUUCAAUUACCAAAUAUUGAAUUUACAACUCUUUUAUUGGCUGAUGAAUUUUCAAUGAUUGAUCAUGAAAUUAAAACUAAUAUCGAUAAUAAUAAUAAUAUUAACAAUAACAAUAACAAUAGUAAUAAUAACAAUAAUAAUUUACAACAAAUUCAAAUAUUUCAAAAAGAAAAGAUUCAAGAUGAAAAUAUUGGUGGUGAUGGUGAAAUUUUAAAAAAUCAUUUAAUUAAUUUCGAUCCAAUAAUAAAUGUGGAAGUUCAAAAUGAGUCACCAUUUAAACUCUAUUAUCAAUAUCAAUUUUUAUCUGGUUUCAAUGGUAAAAUCAUUGAGAAUAAUAGUAAUGAAUUUAUUUAUCGUGGUUGUUAUAAAUGUCAAACUCCAGUCAUCCAAUUUCCAAAUGAAUAUCUACUCUCAAAUAUUGAUGGUUUAGAUGAAGAUGAACAUUUCUUUUGUACAAAAUGUAGAUCAAUUGUUGAAAGUACAAUUUUAAUUGAAUUAAAUUUAAUAAUUCAAUUAAUUGAUACUGAAUCAAAUUUAACAAAUUCUAUAAUAUAUUUAAAGAUCGGAAGUAAUAAUUGUAAAAAUAUUUUUACAUUUCCAUUCGGAUAUGAAAAUGCUCAAGAUUAUGAAAAUCAAUUAAAUAAUCUUAUUGGUAAAACUAUUAAAUUUAUUGGUAUUUCUUCACCACCUCCUCAAAAUUUAAUAAUCAAAGAUGAAAAUUAUCCACCUAUUUUAGUUGUAGAUUGUAUUUCAAAUCCAUCUUUUACUUUAUAA